AUGGCUACCCAGUACAAACUGCCGUUCGAGCUGAACGACCCCAGUCUGCUGCACUUUGACUCCUUCGUCGGUGACAGCUGGGUUCAGUCGAAGAGUGGAAAGCGUUUUGAGGUCAUCGACCCCGGAACCGACCUGGCGUGGGCCAGUUGUCCCACCAACAGCGCCGAAGACGUUCCAUCAGCCGUGGAAGCCGCACACGCCGCCUUCGAGCAAUACAAGAAAAGCAACCCCCGCCAGCGAGCGCAAUGGCUCAUGAAAUGGGACGCGCUCAUCCGGGAAGCCAAACCCGACCUGGCCAAGAUCCUCACGCACGAGACGGGCAAGCCGCUGGCCGAGCCUACGGAGAGAUCGACUAUGCGACCGGGUUUACUUGGUGGUUCGCUGGCGAGGCCGAGCCCGAUUGGCGUGGCGGCUGCCUUGGUGCCCUGGAACUUCCCCAUCGCGAUGGUUCUGCGCAAGGCGGGCGCGGCGUUCGCGGCAGGGUGCACGAUGAUCGUGAAGCCGAGUCCCGAGACGCCGCUGUCAGCGCUGGUGUUGGCGCAUCUGGCGCAGAAAGCAGGUUUCCCGGCGGGCGUGUUUAACGUGCUGACGACGGAUCUGGAGAAUACGCCAUCGUUGAGUGAGGCGCUGUGCAAGCAUCCGUUGGUGAAGAAGGUGACCUUCACGGGCUCUACGCGGGUCGGGAAAUUGAUUGCGUCCCACUGUGCGCAUGGACUGAAGAAGUUGACCCUGGAGCUGGGCGGGAACUGUCCGUUCUUGGUGUUCGAUGACGCUAAUCUGGACCAGGCGUUGGAUCAACUCAUGGCGUUGAAGUGGCGGCAUGCUGGACAGGCGUGUAUCACGGCCAACCGGGUGUACGUCCAGGCAGGCGUCUAUGAUCGCUUUGCGCAGUUGCUCAAGGAGCGUACGCAGAAGUUGGUUGUGGGUCAUGGUGCCAAAGAGGGCACGACGAUGGGUCCCGUGACCACUCCUCGGAGCAUUGACAAGGCGCUUAGCCAGGUCGAAGACGCCCGUCGACUCGGGGCUGAUGUGAUUCUGGGAGGGAAUAAGGUCACGGAUACCAAGGGGUAUUUCUUUGAGCCCACGAUCCUGACGGGCAUGACUAAGGACAUGUUGGUGUCCCGGGAGGAGACCUUUGCGCCUAUCGCUGCCCUCUAUAAAUUUGAAACGGAGGAAGAGGCAGUGCAGCUGGCCAAUGACACUAGCAUGGGACUGGCGAGUUACGCGUUCACCAAGAACAUUGACCGCAUGUGGAGGUUACUAGAGAACCUGGACGCCGGCAUGAUUGGUAUGAACACGGGUAACUCGUCCGCCGCGGAGUCUCCGUUCGGAGGCAUCAAGGAGUCCGGGUAUGGGAAGGAAAGUGGAAAGGAGGUCGCCGUGAAUGAGUAUCUGGUGACGAAGACGGGAACUCUUACGAUCGAGGGACAGUAUUAG